UCAGCCUUUUCAAAACCAAUGUGUCUUUUGGUGCUGCGCUGACUGUAAGAAGGCUUACGGCAGUUUCCCUCACAAAAAAAAUAUUUUAAAAUAUUUUCUUUGUCUUAAGUUUAAUGAAACGUUUGCCUGCUAAAUCAAUUUAGAAUAAGAGUGAAUUUACAGUCAUGGUUUAUUGGAUUGUUGCGACGUUGGCCCUUUAUGCUCUCCAAACUUCAGCAUAUGUGCCACACAAUGACUCCAGACUCAACCUGAGGACGUUUGCAGGGAUCUUCCUGUCGGUGACUGAUGAGCCCAUCGACUACAUAGGGCUGGAUGUACAGGAGGGCAGUGGCUCGGGGAUGGGCGAGGAGCCAGUGAAGAAGCAGGAGCAUGGCCAUCACGGCCCUCGUCGCUCCACCAAGAUCGUCAUCUCUGAGGAGGCCCGCAGCUUCCUCCAGGGUCGCCUAGCAACGGCCUUCGUCCCCACAGUCUACACCCUGGUCCUCAUUAUCAGCGUCCCCCUCAACCUGAUUGCCGUGGUGAUGUUUGUGCGUCGUAUCCGUCCGAGGAAGCCGGCAGUGAUCUACAUGCUGAACCUGGCCAGUGCCGACCUCCUCUUCGCCCUGCUGCUCCCCUUCAGGAUCUCAUACCAUUUCCACGGCAACAACUGGGUUUAUGGCCCCUUCAUGUGUCGCCUGGUGACAGCAGCCUUCUACUGCAACAUGUAUUGCUCUGUCCUGCUCAUGAUGUGCAUCAGCAUCGACCGCUUCCUGGCGGUGGUCUACCCCAUGGACUCCCUGACGUGGCGUAGUCCACAGACAGCCGCCGUGGUCUGUGGCGCCAUGUGGCUGUUGGCUUUGGGAGGAGUGACCCCCCUCCUUCUCUCCAAACAGACCAUCCACCUCCCGGAUGUGGGCAUCACCACCUGCCACGAUGUGCAGGAUGUAGACAAGCUCCGUGCUUACUACCUCUACUUCUUCCCCAUUUAUUCCUCCAUCUUCUUCUUCAUCCCUCUGGUGUUCACUGCUGUGUGCUACGUCCGUAUUGUGCAGGCCCUGGCCGCGGCCAACGUGGAGAACCGCUCCAGGAAGUCUCGUGCGGUGGUGAUGGCGGUGACAGUGCUGGUGGUGUUUGUGGUUUGCUUCACCCCCACCAACGUCAUCCUCCUGGUGCACUACCUCAAGCUGGCCCACGGACGCAGCGACAGCUCCUACCAGGCCUACCUGCUCUCCAUGUGUGUGGGCAGUAUUAGUUGCUGCCUGGACCCCCUCAUCUACUACUUUGGUUCGUCCCAGUGCCAGAGACAGGUGGCAGCUCUGCUGGGCUGCAGACAGGCUGGGCCAGGAGCAGAGCUAAGCUCUCAGACAGGCAGUACCAGGACCAGCAGGCUUGAGAGCAUUCAGAGCACUGUGGGCAGUCAUUACAGGAAGCUCAUGGCCUGACGCCUUGGGACUGCGAAUUCGAACAGAAUCUAGGGCUGCAUCUCGAUAGUCUAGAGCAGGGUUUCUUAAACUAUGUGUCGUUACCCAAAGUGAGCCCUGGGCAUGUGAGAGGUAGGUCGCUAGUUAUGAUCUGCAUCUAUAAUCACUCGGGCUGUCAAACUAAAACAUUUCAUCGAGUUCAUCGCAGAAUUUGGUGUGAUUAAUUGCGAUAAAUCGCAAAUUCUGAAUUAUCUAAAAUUGAGCUGUAAUUUACCAUUGCUUCUAAUACAAAAAGCGUUACAAGAAUAUUGACAACGUGAUUUUGUCCAAAGUAACGGUAAGCAAAAUCCAUUAAAUUGAUAAAGCACACUUUCUUUAACCUCAAUGUCAACUUGUUUUGACAUCGCAUUGUUGUUUUUAGCAGUGUAGAUUAUGUAUUUUGGUUGCCUGACGACUCAAACUGAAUUAUUCCGCUGCUCUAUGUUCAACUACAUACUUCAGUCAGACUGCCAUCGUUGAAGUCGUUUGUGGUGACGUCAAAAUGAGGGGUGUUGAACAAAAUAAAGUCGUCAGAGAUUGGUUCGUCUCUAACCAAUCAGAGUAUCAAAGCCAAUGACGAAUUUUCUACAUGCCGCUAAUACCCACAUGUUCUUGCUCUGGCCCAACGUAACUGAUUAACUCUGACAGCCCUAUUAAUCACACACUAUUUCUUCUUCAUGUGGGUCUUUGGAGGAUGAUUUUGGUCACUAGAGGACGGUCAAUUUCUCAUUUGGGUCUCGAGCUAAAAAAGGUUAGAGAACCCCUGGUCUAGGAUGUCUUCGUCUCCUCCUUCAUCUAUUUCCCUUCAUCUGCACUGAUUUAAGACAUUAUAUAGAUGAAGGCAGCAUAUGGAUGCCUACCAGGCAUUUGCGCUCACCUGUCCAGUACCUUUAGAACAAUGCAGAUGAAAGUAAGGAGACAAGGAGAGGACACCACAUAAGACUAUUGAGAUGCAGCCACUGUUUACCCUGUCCACCUUGUCAAGUGAGGGAGCUUGAAUUUAUUGCACUUCUUUUUUUGAUUGUCAUAAUUGUUUUUUCAUAGUUUGCGUUAAGUCAAGCCAUAUUUUAAUGCCAGUCUACUGAUAUUUACAAAUCUAUAAAUGCUUUGUUACUGCAGAUACUGUAUAUUGAGUAAUGCUUAAGGCAAAAUUCUGGAAACAAUCAAUAAAUUCCCAGGUUUUCCAGAAAUCCUGGUUGGAGGGAUCCGGGAAUCCUCCAACUAGGAUUUUGGGAAAACCAUAGAAUUUAUUGAAAGUUCACAUAAUUUUGUAACCUUAGAAAAUAAUACUGUUUAGUGUGCACUCUAUACAUAUACAGUGUGUUGGGAAAGUAAUCAGACCCCUUGACUUUUUCCAUAUUUUGUUAUGUUACAGCCUUAUUCUAAAAUUGAUUUUCCUCAUCAAUCUACACCCAAUAUCCCAUAAUCACAAAGCAAAAACAGGUUUUUCAACAAAAAAAAAAAUGGUAGAUGUAUUAAAAAUUAAAAACAGAUACCUUAUUUACAUAUUCAGACCCUUUGCUAUUUGACUUGAAAUUGAGCUCAGUUGCAUCCUGUUUCCAUUGAGUAUCCUUGAGAUGUUUCAACAACUUGAUUGGAGUCCCAACUGUGGUAAAUUUAAUUGAUUGGACAUGAUUUGGAAAGGCACACACUUAAGGUCACACAGUUGACAGUACAUGUCAGAUAAAAAAACUAGCCAUGAUGUUGAGGAAAUUGUCCGUAGAGCUCCAAGACAGGUUUGUCACGAGGCACAGAUCUGGGGAAGAGUACCAAAAUAUUUCUGAGGUAAUGAAGUUCCCCAAGAACACAGUGGCCUCCAUCAUUCUUAAAUGGAAGAAGUUUGGAACCACCAAAACUCUUCCUAGAGCUGGUCACCUGGCCAAACUGAGCAAUCGGGGGAGAAGGACCAUCUAUGCAGCACUCCACCAAUCAGACCUUUAUGGUAGAGUGGCCAGACGGAAGCAAUCCUCGGUAAAAGGCACAUGACAGCCCGCUUGGAGUUUGCCAAAAGGCACCUCAAGGACCAUGAGGAACAAGAUUCUCUGGUUUGAUGAAACCAAGAUUGAACUCUUUGGCCUGAAUGCCAAGCGUCAUGUCUGGAGGAAACCUGGCAUCAUCCCUACGGUGAAGCAUGGGGUGGGAGCAUCAUGCUGUGGGGAUGUUUUUCAGCGGCAGGGACUGGGAGACUUGUGAGGAUCGAGGGAAAGAUGAACAGAGCAAAGUACAGAGAGAUCCUUGACUUAAACCUGCUCCAGAGAGCUCAGAACCUCAGACUGGGGAGAAGGUUCAUCUUACAACAGGACAACGACCCUGAACACACAGCCAAGACAACGCAGGAUUGGCUUCGGGACAAGUCUGAAUGUCCUUGAGUGACCCUGCCAGAGCCCGGAUUUGAACCAUAUCGAACGUCUCUGGAGAGACCUGAAAAUAGCUCCCAGACCUGAAAAUAGCUCCCCAUCCAACCUGACAUAUCUUGACAGGAUCUGCAGAGAAGAAUGGGAGAAACUCCCCAAAUACAGGUAUGCCAAGCUUGUAGCGUCCUACCCAAGAAGACUUGAGGCUGUAAUCGCUGCCAAAGGUGCUUUAACAAAGUACAGAGUAAAGGUUCAGAAUACUUAUGUAAAUGUGAUAUUGAAGAAAAAAAUACAUAUACAUUUUGCAAAAAUGUCUAAAACUGUUUUUACUUUGUCAUUAUGAGGUAUUUUGUGUAGAUUGAAGAUUUUUAAAAAUCCAUUUUAGAGUAAGGCUGUAACGUAACAAAAUGUGGAAAAAGUCAAUGGGUCUGAAUACUUUCCAAAUGUAGUUCAUGAAAAUGUACAGGUAACUGCCAAAAUAAUGGAAAAACAUGAGUAAAUGAGGAAUAUAAAUUAUAUUGAAGCAGGUGCUUCCACACAGGUGUGGUUCCUGUGUUAAGUAAGCAAUUAAUAUCCCGUCAUGCUUAGUGUCAUAUAUAAAAAUAUUGGGCAUACCAUUAUUUUGGCUACCAUGGCAAUGCCCCCAUCCAGAGCACGAGUGGUCACAAUGGUUUGAUGGGCAUGAAAAUGAUGUAAACCAUAUGCCUUUGCGGUCUGUCACCAGAUCUCAACCCAACUGAACACUUAUGGGAGAUUCUGGAGCGGUGCCUGAGACAGUGUUUUCUACCACAAUCAACAAAACCCCAAAUUACGGAAUUUCUCAUGGAAGAAUGGUGUCGCAUCCCUCCAAUAGAGUUCCAGGCAGUUGUAGAAUCUAUGCCAAACGUUAUGCCUUAAUGUUGCUGUUUCCUUUGUUUUGGCAGUUACCUGUAUAUUACUAUGCGCUCUAUAUAAACGUUUAAGAAAUAGUCCAUUUUGACAUGCAGUGUCUCAAAACCACAGUAUUAACAUGAAUAGUUUACAGUGGCUGUCUCUACACAUUUCAAGUUAAGUAUGAAAGUAGUUUGCGGUUGUCUGAUUUCUUAACUCCCCGCUAACGUAGACGUGUACAGGAAGUUUUACAUUGUAUAACCAAUGUUACAUUUUAUUCAGAUCUUAUUACUUCAAUGGAAUUAGUUACAAAAUGAGUUUGAAUGUCUUUAUUUAAAUGUCUGUUUGGGCAGUUAUAUUGAACUGUUAUCACUGUGACUAUCAAAGAAACAGUAAAAAGACAUGAAAACA